AUCAAAACUUUGCCGAAUAUGACAUACUGAGCCUAUUGUAAAUCGGCCAAAAUCUAAUCUAACACAGCCUCGCCAAAUGUUCUGUAAAAGUGGGGCGGUUUGAUUUAUUUCAGUAGCCUAAUCCACAGCUGUAGGCCUAUCUUUCCUACCCCAUAGUCCUACAUUAUUAUCAGGCUACCAUUAAUUAUAUAGCCUAUUCUAUUUUAAAUAGAAAUGUACAGAGCUUCCUCAUAUUGCGUUAAAAAGCCUCGAGAAGCAGUAAGGCUACGAAAUACCGUAGGAAGCUGCAGGGCAGGAAGCACUAAUUAAUCGCAAUUCAGACCAUCAGCAAAAUUAUGUUUAGUCGUCGACGCACCAGAAUUCGUGUUGAUAUUUAGAACAGACUCGCUCUUGAAUCGAUUGAGAUAGAUAGCAACAGAUCGUUGUCAGGAUGGAGAGCACAACAUGCGCACUGUCCUCCAGCACGCAUCAGCCUAAUGAAAACGAAGUUGUGAACUCAACAAUCAACAGCCCGAAGUGACUGUCAUCAUGGAUACUGGAGGUAAUCCAAUUGCCCAUCAGCCACAGAAAAACACAUCAAUUCCUGACAAUCCCCAUGGAAACCCUCCACAAGGCUAUGUACCACCUCAACAGGGCAUGAUGCCUAGUCCACAAAGGCCUCCAAACUGCCCCCCUGGUCUUGAGUAUCUCGUCAUGAUUGAUCAGCUUCUUGUUCAACAGAAAGUGGAGUUAGUUGAAGCAAUAUUAGGAUGGGAGACCAAUAAUAAGUACAUGGUGAGGAACACUGUGGGGCAGCAGGUCUUCUAUGUGGCAGAGGAGAAUGACUGCUGUAACAGGCAGUGCUGUGGGCCCGGACGCUCCUUCGUCUUGCACGUCCAGGACAAUAACGGCCAGGAGGUCAUGACCCUCCAGCGCCCUCUGAGGUGCUCUCUCUGCUGCUUUCCUUGCUGUCUGCAAGAGCUGGAAGUGCAGGCACCACCUGGAAAUCCCAUUGGAUAUGUUAUUCAGGACUGGGAUGCAUUCUUCCCUAAGUUCACCAUUCAAAACGAGAAAAGGGAGAGCCUGUUAAAAAUCAAGGGACCAUUCUGUCCAUGCAAAUGCUGCGCAGAUGUGGAUUUCGAGGUACUGUCUUUGGAUGAGCAAACAAAAGUUGGCAACAUUUCAAAACAGUGGACCGGGCUGAUGCAGGAGGCCUUUACAGAUGCUGACAAUUUUGGCAUCAAGUUCCCCAUGGACCUGGAUGUGAAAGCAAAGGCUAUCUUAUUGGGGGCAUUAUUUCUUAUUGAUUUCAUGUUCUUCGAGAGGAGUAACAAUAACUAAGGAUCAUCCUUCUAUCAAGCUUAUCAAUGAUUAAAAAAUGGUAUUGUAUCUGA